AUGUCACUCUUCAAAGAGAAACAAGACUGGAACAACCUGUCUGUGCUGCAGCGCAAUCGUCUGCCCGCCCGAGCGCACUUCUACAACUACACCGACGAAGCGUCCGCACUGACGUUCAACCGUGAAAACAGUGCGCUCUACCGGACCCUGAAUGGCGCAUGGAAAUUCCACUAUGCGCUCUCACCCUUCGAAGCCCCAGACUGGGACAUAGACAACCCCGAGUUAUGGGAUGAUAUUACCGUCCCGGGGAUGUGGCAGUUGCAGGGGUAUGGACAUCCGCAGUAUACGAAUGUGAAUUAUCCAUUUCCUGUGGAUCCGCCCAAUGUACCGCUAGAGAAUGAGACGGGGUCGUACUGGAGAAAGUUCACCGUGCCCGAUUCUUGGAAUUUGGAGAAUCACAACGUGAGGUUGCGAUUUGAAGGGGUCGACAGUGCGUAUCAUGUCUGGAUCAACGGCACUCAGGUGGGAUAUAGCCAGGGGAGUCGCAACGCUGCUGAGUUCGACAUUACCAGCUUGUUGAAAGAAGAAAGAGUUGCUAUCAACACAGUUGCCGUACGCGUGUAUAAAUACUGUGAUGGGACUUACAUCGAGGAUCAGGAUCAAUGGUGGCUUUCAGGCAUUUUUCGCGAUGUAUACUUAAUCGCCUUCCCACGUGAAGGGAUAUCUGACUUUACAAUUGACACCAGUCUAGAUGAUACGUUCACGCAAGCCGAUGUUACUGCAACAAUUGAGACGCAUGGGAACGCAGAUCCGGUCACUUUCAAGCUUAUCUCGCCGGACGGAAAUCUUCUCGGUGAAACCACCGGCCGUGAUAAAGCGUUAACGAUUCAGGCCUCUGGGAAAGACCUCAAGCUUUGGUCCGCUGAGCAACCUGCCCUAUACACCGUCUUUCUAUCCUGUGGGACUCAAGUGAUUCCACAACGCAUCGGCAUUAGACGCGUCGAAGUCCGAAACGGGAACAUACUCCUUAAUGGUCAACUCAUUAUAUUCUAUGGCGUCAACCGUCACGAACACCAUCCCCUGCUUGGCCGCACAGUGCCAUACCAUUUUAUGCGGCGCGAUCUAAUUAUCAUGAAGCAGAACAAUAUCAACGCAGUCCGUACAUCCCACUACCCCAACGACCCACGCAUGUACGAGGUUGCCGACGAGCUCGGCCUGUAUAUUAUCAAUGAAGCAGACCUCGAAUGCCAUGGCUUCUAUAAGCCGGAGCGUGCUCGACUGGCAGGGACAGGGAUAACACCGGGAGUUCAGAUGACUCGAGUUGAGUUCCGCGAACAGGUGUAUGUCGAGAGUCGGCCAUGGACAUCGGAUAAUCCAGAAUGGAAGGAAGCGUACAUGGAUCGAGCGGUGCAGCUUGUCGAGCGAUAUAAAAACUCAACGUCGACGAUCAUCUGGUCUCUGGGUAACGAGGCGUUCUACGGGCAGAAUCUUGCAGCUAUGUACCACUGGACAAAGAAGCGUGAUCCGACAAGGCCGGUCCACUACGAGGCAGACCAGGAGGCUGUCACGGCCGAUUUUUAUAGCUCCAUGUAUCACACAAUAGACGAUCUGAAGGAGCGGGCAGCUAAACAUACCGAUCGUCCGUUGAUCCUCUGCGAAUAUGCCCAUGCCAUGGGAAAUGGCCCCGGUGGUUUGAAAGACUAUAUCGACAUCUUUCGCAGCGAGAAGGCACUGCAGGGUGGCUUCAUCUGGCAAUUCGCAAGUCAUGGGCUCUUGACCAAGACUGGAGAUGGAACACCGUACUACGGGUGGGGGGGGGGGGACUUUGGUGACAAGCUGAACGAUGCUGACUUUAUCAUGGAUGGGCUCCUGCGAUCUGAUCACACCCCGAGUCUGGGGAUGGCCGAGUACAAGAAGGUAAUUGAGCCGGUCACCAUAGAGGGUUUCAAUCGCGAGACAGGCGAGGUGGCACUCAGGAGUCACUAUUUCUUUUCGGACCUGUCUCACCUUGUUGGUGUCUGGAGUGUGACUGUUUGAGACAAGGAGCCCACCGAGUCGAAAUCUCUACAG